AUGACAGCAACUGGUACCGAAUGGGAAGAUCUAAAAAAACAAGCACGAAUGCUUGAAAAUGAAAUUGAUGCUAAAAAUAAUCAUCAUCAUCACAUCGAUACAUUGUUAUCCUCAACAAAUUCUACUAUAUCUUCAAACAGUGAUCGAAUGUGUGAAACAAUAUCAAUUGAAAUUGAAAAACUUUUGGAAAAAUUAUCGGAUGUAAAUAAACGAAUGUCUGAUACUGUUUCAUCAUUAUCGGGACCAAAUUUGGGUGUUACCCUCACAUUACAACGUCAUUGUGAAAUAUUACAAGAUCAUAGACGAGAAUAUGAACGAACAAAAACUAAUAUAAGAAAUUUUAAGAAUCGUGAAAAUUUAUUAAUGAUCAACUCAAGUGGUAUUAAAGAACCAACAAUUAAUGGUAUUGGUCAAUCGACAACAGGUACGGCCAGUGGCGGCUUAAGUUCGAGACGACAAGAUAAUCUUUUUAAAGAACAUAGCUAUAUAGAUAAUUCAAUUCGUUUAAUGGACGUUAAUUUCGAAAUAGCAUUAAAAACAAAAACAAAUUUAUUAGAUCAACGUAAACAUAUGAUAGCUAUAAAACAAAAGAUGUCUAUUUCGUAUGGUAAUCGUUUAUUGUCCUGUCCUAAACGAAAUGCGUUUGUUUGCCAAUCAUCACUAUUAGAAGAAGAUAAUGAAAUAUAUAUUGAUGACAAUAAUGAAAUGCUACUGUAUCCAAAUGCAACUAUAUCUGUUCUAACUACUUAUUUGGCUAUUGAAAAAUUUCUAAUUGAAACAAACCUCUCAUUUUGUAAUCAAAAAAAAUUAUUUGAAUUAAUUUUAACAUUAAUACCAAAUGAAAAUAAUUUAUCGUUAAAUAAAUAUUUAAAAUGGUUGAUAGGUCGUUUACAGCAAUCAGAUGAAAUAACAAAUCAAACACAACCAAACGAAAAAUUAGAUUCACUUGAGAAUAUUGUUUUAAGAUUGGCUGGUAGUGUGGAUGAAAUCAAGCACAAUUUAGUGCGUAAACAAGAGACUACAGAUGAAAUAAACAAAGCAAUUAUUCCUGACCCGAUCACAAAUAUGAGACGAAAAAAACAGAAUUGUACGUUAGAAAUUGAACGUACUGAAUGUAUGGAUAAUCUACCUAAAGAUUCAUCAGUAAUAAUACCAACGGAAACAACGUCAGCAGAUAUUAAAGAAACAACGACAUUUAAUGGACGAAAUAUGAUAAAACAUUUACGACCUAAUAUGACUAUAACAUCAUUUACUAGACAAGUAUGUUGUGAUAUAUUUACAAAAAAUGAAAUAUUAGAUCGACUACAUAUUGAAGAUAAUGAAAGAACAAUAUUUUUAAGGCAUUGUAUUCGUACGGCAUGGAAUUUAUCUAAUGUACAAUUUAAUUCAGUAUGGAAUAGGAUUCGUACAGCUUUAAUGCAACUUCGACGAGAUGUUUUAGCUGGAAAAUGUAUGUCAAAACAAAAAUAUAAUGGUGAUAAUGGUGAAAUAGCAGAAGAAGACGAAGAACACGAGGAGGAUGAACAAUUAAAUAGUAAUAAUUCAUUUUUUAUUCUUAAUUGUCCAAGUGAAGAUAAUGAUUCAGAUUACGAUGAACGUGUAUAUAGUAACGACGACAAUGAACUUGUCUUACAACAACAAAUAUCUAUUAAAAAUGAAAAAUAUUGA